UUCCUUGUAUUAUUAGUAUAUCAAACAAAUUACAAACAAAUUGCAAUAUAAAUCUUGGCCCAACAUAAGCCCAUUAGAUCCAUGUUAGUGGUAACCAUUAAUGUACCAUUAUCUGAAUAUUUAUGAAUGAGAUUGACUAAGCUGUUUAUGAUCGUUGACCGUGGAGUAGUUAGACUGAACAGUAGACAACCCCGCAGGAGAUGUUAACAUGUGUCAUUCCGAUUAAGAAAGAGAUUUGUGUAUUGCUUGAUUUGUUGAUUACUCCUAAUCCUAAUUAACAGCAACGAUUCGAGUCGAGACAAAAAAAUCAUUUUCAAAGAAUGCAAAUGGGAGAUGAGAAUCCACGGAUCAUGUACGGUGUGAUCAUCACCGUCUACGUUGAUCGUCAAACGACGACGCCCGUCCGAUCGUUUCGAGCUAGACGGAGAAAUGAAUGUACGUGGAAUCGUGAGAUUGGAAGGACGCGUGGAUAUGAUCGUAGAGCGAAUCUGCUAGCGUAUAUUCGAGAGAAGAGAGCUGAAAGUCUAGCCGGAGAUUUGAAAGGUGACGACGACGUCGUAGAGAGUAACAGCAAACCCGAGCGGAAGAAGAAGAAACGAAGGUGGCUAAGAAAAAUGAUGAGUAAGAUCCGGUUACCGUUUCUCCGGCCUUUUCGUCGAAAAAAUAGGACGUGGAAGUACCGACAAUUUGCACCAGACGAAGAAGAAGAGGGAGAAGCAAAGGCUAAACCUUACCGUUCAGAUCUUUGGAAAAAGCUUAAACAUGUAGUCGGAGGAUUAUCACGCGGCUGCAUACGAAGUAGAAGAAACGCACGAAGGUAAGACAAGAAUCAGGAACACAUACUUUUGUCCGUACGUAGUUGACAGUGAGGAGUGAGGAGUGAGUAGUGCUGUAGUGACUACAUCUUUUGAUUCCACACAACAAUUUUUUUUUUUUUUCGUUCGGAACGGAAGGAAGAUAAAAAUCAAAUCAAUACAUAGAAACAUGAAAUAAAAAUGAAAUUGAGAAAAGGCAUAAGAUUUCAUGCCUCAUUAGAGUACAACAAUGCUGAAACAAUAAAACAAUUACAGAGAAUACAUAAUUUACAUUAAAAUAAAUAAAAAGAGACAAUGCGAGUUUUUUCUUUUAAAAUCAAUUUCCUGUAUGGCUAAUUGGCUUAAGUCAUGUUAGCCUUUUAUACUGCUCCUGCAAAUUUGAAGCCACUUUGUAAUGCUGGAGAGAGUUUGAGAUAUAUGCAAAGGAGACUGAACAUGAACUUGCUUCGGUUAAAUCAAAGUUACCGAUCUCUAUUGCCGCCUCUCUGGUCCCUUGGUAAGAGCAAACCGCUUGGAGAAGCAUGAGAUCGAGAAGACGAUGCGAAGUCGCUUGCAUCCAUAUCUAUAAACCGAAUGUGAUGGCCUUGUCCUUGCCAUGAAUCUAGAUUCAAUACACCGUUGUUGCUCAUAUCAUCAUCUGAGCUGUAAUCAUCUUCGUCAUCAUAAACACCUCCGUUACGAGGCUCAAUGACAUAAUCUCCC